GCCGCCGGGAGCGGUGCGCGAUGCGGGCGGCGCUGCGGGCGCGGCUCGGGUGGGCGCGCCUGGCGCUCCGCGGGGCCGCGCUGGGCCGCGCCCCGGGGCCGCCGUGCUGGAGCUGCGGCGCUCCGCUCCCCAGCAGCGAUGGGCCGCCCCACUUCUGCCCUGGUUGCCAGGCUCUGCAGCCGCCGGCGCCGCGGCCUGAUCUUUUCCGCCUGAUGGACUGCGACCGCUCCUUCCGCGUCGACCCGGGGCAGCUGCAGCAGCGGUUCCGGAUCCUGCAGCGCGCCGUGCACCCCGACCGCUUCGGCCAGAGGCCGCCGAAAGAGCAGUACUACUCUGAGCAACACUCUUCCCUGAUCAACAAGGCCUACCAGACUCUGCUGAACCCUCUGAGCCGAGGCCUCUAUCUACUGGAGCUGAGUGGAGUGGAGCCAGCAAAAGAGACAGACUGUGAUGCAGACUCUGCGUUCCUUAUGGAAAUCAUGGAAAUUAAUGAGAAAUUAGCAGAGUCCAAAACCAAGAAUAACCUUGAAGAAGUUGAAACUUCCAUUAAAGUUAAACAAGAAGAACUGACCAGGGAGGUGACUGCAGCUUUUGAAAGAGAUGAUCUUCAAGAAGCCAAGAAACUGCUAGGAAAAAUGAAGUAUUUUGCCAACUUAGAAGAUAAACUAAAGGCCAAGAAGGUCCCUUCCUGAUGUUGCCUUCCUAGCUAUUGAGAAAACGAUUUGUUUUUUGUCUCAGGAAUUAUGAGGAAGAUGAAAGCAGCAACAAAGAAGCACUCCAGUAAGAACACCACAAAACAAUACUGCUUCAGUCCAUUCUGAAAAUAAAUGUGAUUGCAACAUAUUUCAAGUGUAAUAAUAGUAGGUGUGAGAAAAUAAGCUUUUUGUUUCCAUUUACACUUAACAUUGCUGCUCAGAUGUUUUUCUAAAAGGACUCAUUCAACCUAAUCUUUACCUGUAACUUUUUAGAUAAAAGACUGUCAAGCGCUGUACAAUUAUUGGGUAGACUUUUAUUGUAAAAAUAAGAUAAACCAUUUAAACAGUCAAAUGUCACAAUCUAGAAGUCAACAUUUGCUACUUAGCUGUCAUAUCUUUUAAGAUGUGACAUCAUUUAAGUUUCUCUGUUAAUAUUCUUCAAUGCUGUGCAUUUAAAAAAACCAACUGUUUUACUGAAAAACAGAACUCAACCAUGGAGAAAGGACAGGCAGAACCAGAUACCCAGAUGCAUGCUGUUCCUGCAGGUUUUGCUUCAAGAACAUGUGCUAAAACUAAAUAUACAAAGCUGGAGAUGAAAGCUUGUCUUGCCUUUCCUAUCAGUUCAGCAAGUUCUCAGAGAUGUGACUUACUGGCCACAGGUACCACCUCAACAUUACUUUGCCAUAAAAGCACAAGGCACUAUUAAAAAAGGUUUUAUUUAAAUCUCA